CAAUAGGAGGCGAGCUUGAAUCGAGGUGACGCCGGGCGCACCAAUGGGAGAGCGGCUCUUUCCUAGCGUACUUCCGGGAUGGCGGUGGGCUACCGAAAAAAAAGGCUAAUUUGUCGCCAGCUGAUUCCUGCCAUCUCAGCGAUGUAGAGGAGACACUUGGAGCCGCUGUUUAGAUAAACAGGACCCAUGACCCUGACACGAGGUUCCUUCACGUACUCCAACGGCGAGGAAUACCACGGGGAAUGGAGAGAAGGGCUGCGUCACGGCCGGGGUCAGCUGACCUUCAGCGACGGCACGUGCUACACGGGACAGUUUGAGAACGGACUCUUCAACGGCUGCGGCGUGCUGGUCUUCGCCGACGGAUCCAGGUAUGAAGGUGAGUUUGUGCAGGGGAAGUUUCAAGGCGCCGGCGUCUUCACUCGCUUUGACGGGAUGACAUUCGAGGGCGACUUCAAAAGCGGAUGUGUGGAAGGCUACGGACUGUUAACGUUCAUGGACGGCGGCGGCGGAGGAGGAGGCGGCCACGAGGGCGUGUUUGAGAGCGGCCAGCUGACGAGGAGGGAGGCCAGCCAGGGGGCGGUCCCGAGGGCGCAGGCGGCCGCCGCCAAGGCCCGCGCUCUGACCGCGUGACCCCCACCCCCCCACCCGGACGACACCAGCAGCAGCCUACGUCUCGUCCGUUUCUACGACGACCGCCUUGUAAACGUAACGUUUUGACGGCCUUUUCUUUCUUCCUGUUGUUUUUGUGGUGUGGAGGAGCGAGCCGCAGAUUCUGGGUCAGCCGGGGUCCAAACACAGUGGUGCUAAACCCCCACGCCGUUUCAGCGUCAGAGAACGAGACAUCCUGUUGACGCUACCGAAACAAAACAAGGUUGCCGUGGUUACGACACGUCAGGAGUCACAGUCGACGCAGCUGCUUUAUGUGUUUUAGGAGCGUACAAACGAUGUGAUACCAUCUGUCUUAAGUCCGGAACAAUUUUUGAAACGGUCGCCCGUCUCUCGUCCUUUUGUCCAUUUAGGUUGCCUCGCCUUGACGGGUAUCGAAACUAGAGAUGUCCGAUAAUAUCGAACUGCCGAUAUUAUCGGCCGAUAAAUGCUUUAAAAUGUAAAACAAUAACACACCUUUUCAGUAUCUUUGCUUGUUGUUGUUUGUUUUUUUUCAAACUAUUUGCAUUAGAGAUGUCCGAUAAUAUCGGCAGUCCGAUAAAUGCUUUAAAAUGUAAUAUCGGAAAUUAUCAGUAUCUGUUUCAAAAAGUAAAAUGUAUGACUUUUUAAAACGCCGCUGUACGGAGUGGUACACGGACGUAGGGAGAAGUACCGAGCGCCAAUAAACCUGAAAGGCACUUAAAAUCACAUAAUAUCUACGGCUUUUCACACACACAAGUGAAUGCAAGGCAUACUUGGUCAACAGCCAUACAGGUCACACUGAGGGUUGUGGUAUAAACAACUUUAACACUGUUACAAAUAUGCGCCACACUGUGAACCCACACCAAACAAGAAUGACAAACACAUUUCGGGAGAACAUCCGCACCGUAACACGACAUGAACACAACAGAACAAAUACCCAGAACCCCUUGCAGCACUAACUCUUCCGGGAUGCUACAAUAUACACCUCAACCUCCUCAUGCUCUCUCAGGGAGAGCAUGUCACAAUUUCCAAGCUGCUGUUUUGAGGCAUGUUAAAAAACAUAAUGCACUUUGUGACUUCAAUAAUAAAUAUGGCAGUGCCAUGUUGGCAUUUUUUUUUCCAUAACUUGAGUUGAUUUAUUUUGGAAAAACCUUGUUACAUUGUUUAAUGCAUCCAGCGGGGCAUCACAACAAAAUUAGGCAUAAUAAUGUGUUAAUUCCACGACUGUAUAUAUCGGUAUCGGUUGAUAUCGGAAUCGGUAAUUAAGAGUUGGACAAUAAUCGAAUAUCCGUAUAUCGGCAAAAAAGCCAUUAUCGGACAUCUCUAAUAAUAAUAAUAGAUUUUAUUUGUAAAAAGCACUUUCCAUUGAGCAAACAACCUCAAAGUGCUACAUUGUAUUAAACAAAUAAAAUGAUAAUAAAAAUAAAUUAAAAUUAAAAUAAGAACUAGCAUGCAUAUAUCUAAAAAAAAAAAAGGCUUUUUUAAAAGCAUCCACAGUCUGUGGUGCCCUCAGGUGGUCAGGCAGAGCAUUCCACAGACUGGGAGCAGCGGAGCAGAAAGCCCGGUCUUUGUCCUCGGAGGUUGGAGGAGGUUAGUCUGUCCGGAGCGGAGGUGUCGUGUGGAGGAUUUGGGGGUGAGCAGUUCUUUGAGGUAGAGGGGGGCUUUUCCAUGGAGGCACUGGUGGGUUAGUAGGGAGACUUUGUAUUCAAUCCUGAGUGGAACAGGAAGCCAGUGAAGGGAUUUGAGAACUCGUGUGAUGUGGUCGAAUUUCGUAUUGUGGUCGUAUUAAUGCACUUUGUGACUUCAAUAAUAAAUAUGGCAGUGCCAUGUUGGCAUUUUUUUUUCCAUAACUUGAGUUGAUUUAUUUUGGAAAAACCUUGUUACAUUGUUUAAUGCAUCCAGCAGGGCAUCACAACAAAAUUAGGCAUAAUAAUGUGUUAAUUCCACGACCGUAUAUAUCGGUAUCGGUUGAUAUCGGAAUCGGUAAUUAAGAGUUGGACACUAUCGGAAUAUCCGGAUAUCGGCAAAAAAUCCAUUAUCGGACAUCUCUAAUAAUAAUAAUAAUAGAUUUUAUUUGUAAAAAGCACUUUCCAUUGAGCAAACAACCUCAAAGUGCUACAGUGUAUUAAAAAAUGUUUAAAAAUAUAAUAAAAAAUAAAUACAAUUGAGGAGAAACGCGUAGACACUGUACUCUUGUACAGUGUCGUCCCACGCUCUGACGAAAGAUGGUACGUCUCCUUUUUUAUUUGGACUUUCCCUGAUUACCGUAUUUUUCGGAGUAUAAGUCGCUUCGGAGUAUAAGUCGCACCUGCCGAAAAUGCAUAAUAAAGAAGGAGAAAAACAUAUAUAAGUCGCAAUGGAGUAUAAGUCGCAUUUUUUGGGGAAAUGUAUUUGAUAAAACCCAACACCAAGAAUAGACAUUUGAAAGGCAAUUUAAAAUAAAUAAAAAAUAGUGAACAACAGGCUGAAUAAGUGUACGUUAUAUGAGGCAUAAAUAACCAACUGAGAACGUGCCUGGUAUGUUAACGUAACAUAUUAUGGUAAGAGUCAUUCAAAUAACUAUAACAUGUAGAACAUGCUAUACAUUUACCAAACAAUCUGUCACUCCUAAUCGCUAAAUCCCAUGAAAUCUUCUACGUCUAGUCUCUUACGUGAAUGAGCUAAAUAAUAUUAUUUGAUAUUUUACGCUAAUGUGUUAAUAAUUUCACACAUAAGUCGCUCCUGAGUAUAAAUCUUUCCCCCGGCCAAACUAUGAAAAAAACUGCGACUUAUAGUCCGAAAAAUACGGUACAUGGCAACAGCUGUUUCUAAGGGAGGGGGGGUCAUAAACAGACAUCGCCUUUGGUUACAAAUCAGUAAAAAGAAAAGGUCGUAAAACAGUUCAAAGAAAAGGUGCCUGGAGGGAGGUCAGGCCCUGCCUCCUCUCCGCUUUGUAGCUUUUGGGUCAAGACAAAAUCUUCCUGUGGAUUACAAUACAUCAAAGAAUCGAUAAUUAAGAGUUGGACAAUAUCAAAAGCCAUUAUCGGACAUCUCUAGUUUGCGUUAUGGCCGCACUGUUUUAUAAAGCGUAGGGGACAAAGUAGUACGGAAUUUUUUAGACGUUUAUUUGGUUCGACUGUGACACACUCCUGUUGUGGUCGAGUAACGGUUACCAUGGCAACCACGCCCUUCUCUAGCGCUAACAUCAACCUUUUACCUCGACACGACCAAAGCUCCCGCAAUAUCAUUGGUGCUGCGGAGGCGGCCCGGACACUCGGUUAGGGUGUGGCGCGGGAAGGGGGCGGGGCUUAACCCGGCCCCGAUUCACUCGGUGCCCUUACAGCUUCUUCACCCUCGUCAUCCUCAGUGCCAACCGCGCAGUGCCAAGCGACCUCGGCUGCUCCAGGAUCUGUGACUCCUCCUCCCCCCACACACAUCUGCCUUUGGGACGCCACAUGAUGCGUGCAAUUAGCGUCGGUGUCGGAGGUGUCUUUUCAAAAUAAGAGGUCCUCCAGUGCAACACUUGUGACUGGAUGAGGUGUUUUUUGGGUUUAAUAGUAAACAUUUUGAUCUCCUUGUGCGAUCGUUGAAGUCACUUGGAGUGUUUGUGUUGUGGCGCUAACAAGGCGUGUGAUGAGCUGUAACAACACACUAUGUGUAUGGCACACUGCCAGCUGUGUGUGUGUAUGUGUGUGUGUGUGUGUGUGUGUGUGCGUGUAUUCAAUAGCAAGCAGUCAAUUGUCAGUUAUGUGAUUAUCUGAAGCUGCCAUUAAUUACGACAGAGGGGUGGGGGGCAUUUUAAUUAGCCGUUAGCUGUUAGCCGUUUUUUCCCCGUGCACUUAAACAACGUGUCGGUCCACUUGUGUGUAUUGUUGUGUGUGUGUGUGUGUUACACCACGGAGGCUCGCCGAACCCUUUAAAAAGCACCUUAAAGCCACGUGAAAUGUUGUCAUGUGGCGUUAGCGUCACCAGUCACGACGAGCAAGCCUCCCUUUCACGUCGUUAACGUGGCAAAAUUGUCUAGCGAUUGUUGUCGUGGCGCUAAUUGCGAGCUCGGAGGACCGGUCGCUCGUUUCUAUCGGUUUUCUUGCCGGGAACAAAAGGAGAAAAUCAAUAGCGGCUUAACGUCGACAUUGACUACUAUUCAUUCAUGGGAUUCGUGCUAAUGUGGCUGCGAGCAUAGAAUCAUAGUUGUUUGGGGGUUUAAAAAGUGUCGUUGGCGUGCUAGCACCCGUCUCACACACACGCCUGGCUAUGCUAAGCUAGUCGUUUUUUUUUGCUGCAAAGAGCAGUCGGCAACACCCGCUAAGCAAGGGUGAUGUCGACACAGACAUUAAAGGGGCAAUUUGAAAAUACGCUGAAGACGCUCGGCUGUUCCUCCUGGCUCGGCAAAAGUUUGCGUGUACGUACUUUGACGUGAAAUACACAGUCGAUGUCUCUCAGUGUACUUGCCAGCAGGCACAGGACGUUGAAACAAUGUUGAGAAUUCGUCGGAUUAGGUCCAGAUGUUGAGCAACUCAAACCUAACAUCAGAACAACAUGCUUUUUGAGGACGUUUAUACAAUGUCAGGUUGUGACGUUGAUUUGACCAUUGAAUUUUGGUCAUUUCCCAACCAUUAUUCUACAACUCAAACCUAACAUUGAAACAACAUGCUUUUUGACGUUUAUUCAAUGUCAGUUUGUGACGUUAAUUUAACCAUUGAAUUUUGGUCAUUUCGAAACUAUUAUUCUACAACUCAAACCUACCAUUGAAACAACAUACUUUUUGACAAAGUUUCAUCAAUGUUGGGUUCUGAUGUUGAUUUGACCAUUGAAUUUUGGUCAUUUCCCAACCAUUAUUUUACAACACAAAUACAACGUUGAAACAACAUGCUUGGUGAGGACGUUUAUUCAAUGUCAGGUUGUGACGUUGAUUUGAUCAUUGAAUUUUGGUCAUUUCUAAACCAUUAUUCUUCUACUUAAAUUUAACAUUGAACAAAAUGCUUUUGGACAACGUUUAUUCAAUGUUGGGUUCUGACGUUGAUUUGACCAUUGAAUUUUGGUCAUUUCCCAACCAUUAUUCUUCUACUCAAAUCUAACGUUGAAACAACAUGCUUUUUGGGGACGUUUAUUCAAUAUCAGAUUGUGAUGUUGAUUUGAUCAUUGAAUUUUGGUCAUUUCCCAACCAAUAUUCUACAACACAAAUACAACGUUGAAACAACAUGCUUUUUGAGGACGAUUAUACAAUGUCAGGUUGUGACGUUGAUUUGAUCAUUGAAUUUUGGUCAUUUCCCAACCUUUAUUCUACAACUCAAACCUAACAUUGAAACAACAUGCUUUUUAAAAACGUUUAUUCAAUGUUGGGUUCUGACGUUGAUUUGACCAUUGAAUUUUGGUCAUUUCCCAACCAUUAUUCUACAACUCAAACCUAACAUUGAAACAACAUGCUUUUUGACAAUGUUUAUUCAAUUGCGGGUUCUGACGUUGAUUUGACCAUUGAAUUUUGGUCAUUUCCCAACCUUUAUUCUACAACUCAAACCUAACAUUGAAACAACAUACUUUUUGACAAAGUUUCAUCAAUGUUGGGUUCUGAUGUUGAUUUGACCAUUGAAUUUUGGUCAUUUCCCAACCAUUAUUUUACAACACAAAUACAACGUUGAAACAACAUGCUUGGUGAGGACGUUUAUUCAAUGUCAGGUUGUGACGUUGAUUUGAUCAUUGAAUUUUGGUCAUUUCUAAACCAUUAUUCUUCUACUUAAAUUUAACAUUGAACAAAAUGCUUUUGGACAACGUUUAUUCAAUGUUGGGUUCUGACGUUGAUUUGACCAUUGAAUUUUGGUCAUUUCCCAACCAUUAUUCUUCUACUCAAAUCUAACGUUGAAACAACAUGCUUUUUGGGGACGUUUAUUCAAUAUCAGAUUGUGAUGUUGAUUUGAUCAUUGAAUUUUGGUCAUUUCCCAACCAAUAUUCUACAACACAAAUACAACGUUGAAACAACAUGCUUUUUGAGGACGAUUAUACAAUGUCAGGUUGUGACGUUGAUUUGAUCAUUGAAUUUUGGUAAUUUCCCAACCUUUAUUCUACAACUCAAACCUAACAUUGAAACAACAUGCUUUUUAAAAACGUUUAUUCAAUGUUGGGUUCUGACGUUGAUUUGACCAUUGAAUUUUGGUCAUUUCCCAACCAUUAUUCUACAACUCAAACCUAACAUUGAAACAACAUGCUUUUUGACAAUGUUUAUUCAAUUGCGGGUUCUGACGUUGAUUUGACCAUUGAAUUUUGGUCAUUUCCCAACCUUUAUUCUACAACUCAAACCUAACAUUGAAACAACAUGCUUUUUGACAAUGUUUAUUCAAUUGCGGGUUCUGACGUUGAUUUGACCAUUGAAUUUUGGUCAUUUCCCAACCUUUAUUCUACAACUCAAACCUAACAUUGAAACAACAUGCUUUUUAAAAACGUUUAUUCAAUGUUGGGUUCUGACGUUGAUUUGACCAUUGAAUUUUGGUCAUUUCCCAACCAUUAUUCUACAACUCAAACCUAACAUUGAAACAACAUGCUUUUUGACAAUGUUUAUUCAAUUGCGGGUUCUGACGUUGAUUUGACCAUUGAAUUUUGGUCAUUUCCCAACCAUUAUUCUACAACUCAAACCUAACAUUGAAACAACAUGCUUUUUGACAAUGUUUAUUCAAUUGCGGGUUCUGACGUUGAUUUGACCAUUGAAUUUUGGUCAUUUCCCAACCAUUAUUCUACAACUCAAACCUAACAUUGAAACAACAUGCUUUUUGACAAUGUUUAUUCAAUUGCGGGUUCUGACGUUGAUUUGACCAUUGAAUUUUGGUCAUUUCCCAACCAUUAUUCUACAACUCAAACCUAACAUUGAAACAACAUGCUUUUUGACAAUGUUUAUUCAAUUGCGGGUUCUGACGUUGAUUUGACCAUUGAAUUUUGGUCAUUUCCCAACCAUUAUUCUUCUACUCAAACCUAACGUUUGGAACAACAUGCUUUUUGAGGACGUUUAUUCAAUGUCAGGUUGUGACGUUCAUUUGACCAUUGAAUUUUGGUCAUUUCCCGACCAUUAUUCUACAACACAAAUACAACGUUGAAACAACAUGCCUUUUGAGGACGUUUAUUCAAUGUCAGGCUGUGACGUUGAUUUGAUCAUUGAAUUUUGUCGUUUCCAAACCAUUAUUCUACAACUCAAAUCUAGCGUUGAAACAACAUGCUUUUUGACGUUUAAUCAAUGUCGGGCUGUGACGUUGAUUUGACCAUUGAAUUUUGGUCAUUUCCCAACCAACAACGUGGUUCCAACGUUGGACAUCAACAUCGUCUCAAUUUACAGAUACAACUAUUUUGCAACAAUGUUUCAAAGUCAACGUAUAAUCAACGUUGUAUCAAUGUCUUCUGCCUGCUGGCUUUUUCAUGCACCAAUGUUGGGAAACAUUUGCCAUUAUUACUAUAAGUAUGGAAAAGCUCUCUGAGCGUCGACCGAGUGCCUAAACAUGAAAAAAAAGGGAAAAAAAUGUUGUGCUUUGAAUCGUUGAAUCACUGUGCUUGCAAAACCUUUCAAAUAUGUGGUACGCCGCCAAGAAAAAGCGAUUUGCAAUAGAAGGCAGAAGAAGGAACAGAAGUGUUGCUAAAAGAAGACAAAAAAACUUGACGCUUUCUUGGAGGCAAAGGUCAGACUUUGGCAUCAAACAUUAACUCAUGCCAAGGUUUCGCUCUGAGGGGCUUUUAAAUAAAAACAUUAGUGCUGUCAAAUGAUGAUUUUUCAAUCGGAUUAAUCACACCUUUGAAUUUAGAUUAAUCAUGAUUGUUCACAGGUUAUUACUCGCUUGCAUCGUUUAUAAAACCCUGCAAAAAGGGCCCGAUAUUUGGACACAAAUGCAAUUUUACUGUCAGAAUGUCAUCCAGGAACAUUUUUAAAUGCUUUACUUAAAGGUACGUCAUUUACUUUGUUAAAUCCCGCUCAGUUUUAUCCUGUUAGGGAGUAUUUGAAAUGGAAAUUACCACACCAGUCGGAGUCUCCUCAGUAGGGUUUAAAACUGUACCACGAUAUACUGUAAGUGUUUGAUAUUGGUCGAUGUUGAUAAUUAUCUAUGUUUUCACGACCUAUGGAAAACAAGGAGCAGGUGUAAAAUGUACAAAAUGUCAAAAUGUUUAUUUCAAAUGUAAAUUCCUCUGAUUAUAGUCUCCUCAGCUAUGAAGGCAGAAAGGAAAUGUCAACACAAGCAUGGAAAGCACUCAAACAAUCAAUGUACCACAUUUUCUGGACUAUAGAGUGCUCUGGUAUACAAGCCACACCCACUACAUUUUCGGACAAAAAAUAUAUUUCUGUUAAUAAGCCGCACCGGACUAUAAGCCGCAGAUAUAUACGUUGUGAAAUUAGUUAUUUACACAGAAAUAUUUAUUUACAUACCUUAGUUGUUUCCAAACAGUGUCUGAGACAAGGCAGUAAAACGUCUGAUCAAAUAAAACAGAAGUCAUUGAAUGACGAACAGGGAACCGGGGAAGAAAAAGGCAAAAACAGGCAAAAAUGGUAAAAAUGCCGAAAAUGAUCAAAAAUACCUAGUUUGAGUUCCAUAAGGCCCGAGAAGAGCCAGAAUGACCAAAAUGUCAAAAAAUACACCCAGGAAUGGCGCACAGGGAAGCAGGGAAGAAAAAGGCAAAAACAGCCAAAAAUUAAAAAAUUGGCAAAAAUUCUCAAAAAUACCUAGUUUGAGUUCCAUAAGUCCCGGGAAGAGACAGAAUGACCAAAAUGUCAAAAAUACACCCAGGAAUGGCGCACAGGGAAGCGGGGAACAAAAAGGAAAAAACAGCCCAAACUGUGAAAAAUGGCGAGAAUUAUCAAAAAUUCCUAGUUUGAGUUCCAUAGUACCGGGAAGAGCCAGAAUGACUAAAAUGUCCCAAAAAAAAUACACCCAGGAAUGGCGCACAGGGAAGCGGGGAAGAAAAAGGCAGAAACAGCCAAAAAUAUGAAAAAUGCCAAAAAUCAUCAAAAAUACCUAGUUUGAGUUCCAUAAGUUCCGGGAAGAGACAGAAUGACUAAAAUGUCA